AUGGUGCCGGCAUCCCGGGGAGUCCUCGCUGCCCACCCAGAAACGUGGCUGGUUCCACUGGUCCCCCUGCGCCAGGGGGAGAUGCCCGUGAUGAUGGUGUUUGGGAGGUUGCUGGCGGCCGAGGUGGUGAAGUUCUUCUUCCCCGCCAUGGUGCAGCUGCACAGCUACGUGCCCGCCAGCUCCACGCCGCAGAAACUGGCCAACUGGGGGCACCUCAACAGGAAAGCGCUGAGUAAGCUGAAUUUCUCCAUCCCGGAGGAGGUGAUCCGGCAGGUCGUGCAGUGCCGGCCGGGCGCGGUGGAGCAGGUGCUGCUCCUGCUGCGGCAGAAGAUCGAGGAGAAGCAGAAGCAGAGCAAGGCGGUGACCGGCCCGGGCCAGGAGCCGGGCCUACGGGCAGCGCUGGAAGAGGUCAGCUACCUGGAGACGGGCUGCUCAAAGGCGAAGAGCGGCGCCGGAGGAGGCUACGCCCAGGAGUCUCCCAGAGCUGCCGGGGUGAAGAAGAGCCGCCACGGCUGCGCCCAGGCUCCCCCGGGGGACGCUGACGUCUGCCUGCAGCUGGCGGAGAGGGAGCAGGCCCUGCUCCUGGCGCAGGAGACCAUCCAGAUCCUGCGGCUGAAGGUGGGGAGGCUGGAGCAGGGCUGGCUGCAUCCCCGAGUGCCGGUGGAGCAGGAGCCGGGGGUGGCUGGGUCACGCCACGGGCUCCUGGUGCUGCCGCUGCUCCUGCCCUGCCUGCGCCCAUCGCUCCCCGGGCUCCGGCGCUCGGCGGAGGCCCCGGAGGAUGGCCUCCUGCCCGUGCCUUUGAAGUUUCGCGCAAGGACGACCGCUGCAGGGACACAUGGCUACGGCUAG